CACACACACACACACACACACACAGAAAUUAUUGCGUUAUUGUGUGUAUGAUCAAACAGGAAAAGUAACCAGUGUGGAGAACAGCUCAGUUAAAGCGCCACAGGGUGACGUCACACUCUCUCUCUCUCUCUCUCUCUCUCUCUCUCUCUCUCUCUCUCUCUCACACACACACACACACACACAGAGUCUGAGUCUGGUGGUGGUGUUGAAGAAGAAACACGCAGCAUGGAUGAGGAAUAUGAUGUGAUUGUUUUGGGAACCGGACUCACGGAAUGCAUCCUGUCCGGGAUCAUGUCCGUUAACGGGAAGAAGGUUCUGCACAUGGACAGGAACCAGUAUUAUGGUGGUGAGAGUUCCUCCAUCACACCACUGGAGGAGCUCUAUAAGCACUUCAGUCUGCCGGACAGUCCACCCGAGUCCAUGGGCCGAGGACGAGACUGGAACGUCGAUCUCAUCCCCAAAUUCCUCAUGGCUAACGGUCAGCUGGUGAAAAUGUUGCUGUACACAGAAGUGACUCGUUAUCUGGACUUUAAAGUGAUCGAGGGAAGUUUCGUCUAUAAAGGAGGAAAAAUCUACAAGGUUCCGUCGACUGAAUCCGAGGCGCUGGCGUCCAAUCUGAUGGGCAUGUUCGAGAAGAGAAGGUUCCGCAAGUUCCUGGUGUUCGUGGCCAACUUUGAUGAGAACGACCCCAAGACCUUCGAGGGCGUGGACCCCAGGAGCACCACCAUGCGUGACGUGUAUAAGAAGUUUGACCUGGGGCAGGACGUGAUCGAUUUCACGGGCCACGCCCUGGCGCUGUACAGGACAGACGAUUACCUGGACCAGCCGUGUCUGGAGACCAUUAACCGUAUUAAACUGUACAGCGAGUCUCUGGCGCGUUACGGGAAGAGCCCGUAUCUCUACCCUCUGUACGGACUCGGAGAACUGCCUCAGGGGUUUGCCAGAUUAAGUGCGAUCUAUGGAGGCACCUACAUGCUGAACAAACCUGUGGAUGAGAUCGUUAUGGAGAAGGGACGCGUGGUGGGGGUGAAGUCCGAGGGAGAGGUUGCUCGCUGUAAGCAGCUGAUCUGUGACCCGAGCUACGUUCAGGACCGAGUGCGUAAAGCUGGUCAGGUGAUCCGUGUCAUCUGCAUCCUCAGCCAUCCGAUCAAGAAUACCAACGACGCCAACUCCUGCCAGAUCAUCAUCCCGCAGAACCAAGUGAACCGCAACUCGGAUAUUUACGUGUGUAUGAUCUCGUACGCCCAUAACGUGGCUGCUCAGGGUAAAUACAUCGCCAUCGCCAGCACCACGGUGGAGACGAGCGACCCCGAGGCCGAGAUCCAGCCCGCUCUCGAGCUGCUCGAGCCCAUCGACCAGAAGUUCAUGGCCAUCAGUGAUCUGUACGAGCCGUCAGACGACGGAGCAGAGAGUCAGGUCUUCUGCUCGCGAGCGUACGACGCCACCACGCACUUCGAAACGACCUGCUACGACAUCAAGGACAUCUACAAGCGCAUGACGGGGACUGACUUUGACUUUGAGAACAUGAAGCGCAAACAGAACGACGUGUUCGGGGAGGACGAGCAGUGAGAACACGGGGUGUGUGUGACGGGGUGAAAGGUCAAACGAUGGGGCGGGGCAAAACGGGGCAAUCAGGGGGCAGACAGUCAUUACUGGGAAAUAUGAAGGAGUGAAAGACAGAGGAAGGUGUAGUUAGAGCCUGUGUGAAUGAUGGGACCUGUUUCACCUCCUGGAACACACACACACACUCACACACACAAACACACACACACACACACACACACACACACACCUCUCCUCUUCUCUUCUCUUCAUUUUCUGCUUGUCUUUACAUCUCUCCAUUAUAUUCACAGGUUAGUUGUGUUCAGUAGUGACUACAGCAUGUUGAUAAAUCAAGCGUUAUUGUUUACGUGUGUGUGUGUGCGUGUGUGUGCGUGUGCAUGUGUGUGUGUGUGUGUGUAUUAGCAUGUUUGAAGAACUUGACCUGAUUGUUUUUACACUCAGAUUUAUAAAAGUUAAAGCUCUGAAGGACAGACCGACGCUAACUUUACGUCUUUGUUCUGUUCAGAUCUUCCGGAACGUAACACAAUCGAACGUCAUAAACACUUUGACUCUAUAACAUAAUUUCAUUUGCAUGAAAAUCUCAAAAGAUGCCUGUGUGCAGGAAUCAGUUAAACACUUAAACGUCAGCUUUUUCUACAAGAAUGUCGACCUUCAUGUUCUGGAAAUCAUUCCCACAUUCCCACAUUCCCAUCUCCUUCAUGGACCAGCUUUAUCGCUGUAACACGAUGAGCCGUUCUCGUAGAUCUUACACCCAAACCCUGCUGGUACACCAGAUUUCCAAAUUCCCAGAAUGCAUUAUUUCUCUCAGUGGGGAAAAUGAUCAUGUAUUCCAUUCCCACCUGGAAUUACACAACUUUCGCAGCACAUACUAAUCACAUUAUUACAGCUGCUAACGCUAACCUCCAUCUCCUCAUGUUUUACUCUGCUCCACUUUUUGUGCUUGAUGUUUGUUAUCUUUCAAAUCUAAAAAUAUGGGCACAAUGGAACAGAUGUUCUGCACUGACGCUGGAACAUCAGCGCCACCUACAGGCCUCUCCCUCCAGCUCUCUGUCCUGACUGUCUUUAUUUUACUUUAUACUUUGUCCAUCAUUUUCUUCCUGCAGAUUCAGAUGGGUCGGAGCUUAUAGCAGGGUCCGGGUGUAGGAAUGUGAUGUUGAUGUGGAUGAAGUUUGGAGAUCCAUGUCACGGUUUAAGUAACGAAUAGAACAAUACCUGUGAAAGAAUUGAUUACGUUUACACGUUUUAUGGCGAAUACAGGUGAUGGUUAAGAGAGUUUGAUGUCUGAGAUUUGAACAGAAAUCUGAUCUUAAACACACGGACAUGUCUUCUCUCUUGGCCGAGUGACUGUGUGUGACAUCGUGCCGAUAUUUCACCGUCGGUCUGAGCAGAGACGGACACGGCGGUGUUCAGAAUAUAAACGAAACAGGAAGUGAGACAAGAAAGAGAAUGAGGUGAAGAGGAAGUGAAAAUGAUGAAGGAUAAGCAGAAGUAAAGAUUUAUUGGCGUGCUGAUUGGACGUGAUGAAGGUCUGGUGUGUUAUGAUCACGUGAUUUGAGCCGUUAGUUAAUGAACUCAUUCCCGAGACGGUGAUGUUCUGUGUGUUGUGUCGUGUGUGAUUUUUAUUUUCUGUAGCUGUGUGUUAAAAGAUGAGCUACAGAUGGAAGCUGUGCAAUAUUCAUCAGUAUGCUAAUAACCCUUUAUUAACCCUUUAUUAACCCUUUAUUAACCCUUUAUUAACCCUGUACUAACGAACAUGUCAGACUGUAAUGAUGAUAAACGUGUGUCUGUAUAUUUCUGUCUUUCUCUACGUCUCACCACGGCAUCACGUGGCUCAUUACACGUGAUUUAUUACACGUCUCGUCUUUCGUUAUUGUGUACAUGAACAUUAGCCUGAGUUUUAUUUUAACACUUUCACAUCACUGCGGUUACAGUCUGAUAAAGUUACUGAGAAUUCUCAUAUCACCGUUUCACUAACCUCGUUAUCCUCGUUAUCCUCAUUAUCCUCACUAACAUCACUAACCUCGUUAUCCUCGUUAUCCUCGUUAUCCUCACUAACAUCACUAACCUCGUUAUCCUCACUAACCACUAACAUCACUAACCUCGUUAUCCUCGUUAUCCUCGUUAUCCUCACUAACAUCACUAACAUCACUAACCUCAUUAUCCUCGUUAUCCUCACUAACAUCACUAACCUCGUUAUCCUCACUAACCUCAUUAACCCGAUAUGAAACGAGUUAUUUCAUAGUCGUAAGGAAUAUUUGUGCCACUGUAUAUUACAUUUCAUUCAAAUUCAUUUUUUACAAUAUUCAGCUGCACAAAAUUAAAACUGAAAUCAGUACAUUCGAUCCAGACUGAUUUCCUGACUGCUGAUUGGCUGAAAUAAACAGUAAACAAAUGUGGACGUAGUGUUUUAUCAAUUAAAAUCUGAAUUGGAUAAACUGAAUUGGAAACGCACUCUGCCACCAAAAGACUAUUAAAAAAAACUUUUAACAAACUAUAAUAUUUCAAAAUAGCGAAAAAGAAUCCGUUUAAUAAAUCAAUUGUGAGUGGCGUAAACAAAUGAUUCCAAACGAUUAAUGAAUAUAACAUCAGAUUUCACACUUUAUAUUCCUCAAAUUCACAACUUGAUUUUUAGCUAGCCAUAAAACUCUCUCUCUCUCUCUCUCUCUCUCUCUCUCUCUCUCUCACACACACACACACACACACACACACACACACACACACACAAGUUGCUCUUAAUUCAGUCUGUGUUUUAAGCCUCAAACGACUGGAAUCUAAUUUUCCUUUCUUAACGUCUCUGAUAAUAAACUGUGUUUGAAUUUCGUUUUCCGUCAGUAACACCUUGAUUUUAUAUUUAUUUAAUUAAAAAAUCAGAAUAGUUCUAUAUUUGGUGUUGUCUCAUGGUCUUUGCUUUACAAGGACACGCAGGAGAUGGACAGUGACGUGAUCUCUUUAACGAUGUAAAACCCACGUGUGUGUGAGUGUGUAGCUGAUGUCCUGUUCAUCUCAGUAAAUUAUAAAGCUGUAUCAUUUAAACAAUGUGGAACAAUAAAGGCACACGACUGAGA